AUGCCCCGACAGCUACCGUGGAAGGUCGGCACCCACGCGACAAAGCAGGCACCAUCUCGUCCCAAGGCAUCGGCGAGUCCGGCCCCUUCAUCAGCCAGUCGCAGUCCUGCUCCGUCUCACCGCCCCACGCCGGUACCCAAGAGAGAAGAGACUCCAGAAGACAGGUUCAUGAUCGAAGGCAUCGACCAUGACGAUAUGUACCGCAUGGUUGAGGACGAGUUUCUUGCCGUGGCUGGGGAAUUCACUCGGCACCUCCACACCGCCGAGUACCAGCGACUCAAAGGACUCGCCAAGUCUCAGAAUGCCGAGACCAUUCAAAACAUCUCGCGGCCCGUUACCCAAGAGAUGACGGAUCUUGUGAAACGGCGCCAUGCCGCUCUCGACACGGCGGCUAGGCAACGCAAGGGAAUAGCCAAAACCCUCCGGAAACGGGCGGCGAGCAUCGACUCGGACGAGGAAGAGCCGUCACGGCGGCCGGCUACAUCGUUGCAAGGGUUAAUGGACAGUCCGAGGAAGCAGAAUGUUCCGCUGACGUCCAUUAUCGGCACGCGGCCAGGCUCGAGUUACCGACGGGCGGCGGACGCCAGUCCUUGCUCUCACCAACAUCCGGGAAAUCACGCGGUCCCAUCCAUGAAGCCUGAGAAGCGCGUCACAAUGGCCGGCGGCACACAUCGAGGGCCGUCUCUGGAGCCCUCCAAGUACGAGAUCUCAACAGAGUCUGAUGAAGGUAACGACCUCGAUGGCCAACCGCCCUGGCCCCAGAGACAAAGUCUACAGCGCCCGGAGCCCGGGAACGGUGUAACCGAGGGACCGCCCGUUCCUCGACAGACGUCCUGGUAUAGCAACCAGAGCAAUCCGUUUCUCGCGGCCAGCAAGACACAGCUUCCGAGAUAUCAAUCUCCCACCAAUGACGCAUCUACGAGUGAGCAUGUUGCCACUCCCAACGACGAUGAUGAAGAUGACGACCCUCUUGCGAGGCUACGAGCGAGGAGGGCAGAGCAAAAACGACGUCGCAUGAACAAUAAAGCCCAGGACGAUAACACCAAGAUAUCCGAUAGCCAGGCAGCAGCAAUUGAUUCCAUUCCGUUCACAUGA